GUCUCCUGACUCUCUUCGUACUAGCUCAUCUGACCACAGUACUGGCCUUCCUCAUGUGGGCUGGAAUGAGAUCGGUGGGCAGGAUGUCGCGGGUCUCGUGGAUCGGUACAGGCUUCAUGUGGUUUGGCGUAUUGUACGUGACAGCGUUCGCGUUGGCCAGUGAGAACAAGUGGGUUCUUUUCUCCGCCAUAAUGUUAUAUACGUUCCUCUCGUCCAGCUUCCCGACAACAGAUCAGGUGCGUGUGCUUGUUUGCGGAUUAGGUCACUACGUUUUCAAUUCCGUGAACUAUGCGGCCCUACGCGUUAACUAG